AUGGAUCAUGACAUCACGACGAAAGUCAGGGCGAUGUUUGAUCACCGUAGGUUAAACCGCUCUGGAUCAUCACUCUUCACAGCGUUUGCUUCCACGGUUAUAGCUCUGGUCGUUUUCACCAUCGUUCUCGUCUCUAAUUUAUCGGUGAGAGAAGAUUUCUCAGCGAAGGUGGUGACAAUAGAGAUCAAGACAAUUGUUCCUUACUUACCUCUAAGCUCAGAGAAGGAGGUAAGUGAUCAAGUCAACAAUAACUAUUCGAUCAAGCAACAAAUCACAGUCAAAGAAGAGAUUAACAAACUGCAAGUUCUUGAAGUUUUUGGAGGCAAAGACGUGUCGGAGAAGUUUCAACAGAGAGCAACAGAGUUUUUGAGAGAUGAUUGUGAGGUCAAGUUCAUGAUGACAUGGAUCUCACCUGCGGAAUUGUUCGGUAAGAGAGAGAUAUUAUCUGUAGAAAGCGUAUUCAAAUCUCAUGCUAGAGGUUGUUUGAUGAUUUUAUCAUCCACAAUGGAUUCUCUUCAAGGGUUUAGAAUCCUGAAACCGUUUCUUGAUCGAGGUUACAGAGUUAUGGCGGUCACGCCGGAUUUGCCUUUUCUUCUCAAGGACACAGCCGGAGAAUCUUGGCUUGAAGAGAUUCAGACCGGUAAAAGAGAUCCAGGAAAGAUCUCUCUAGCUCAGAAUCUAUCAAACCUCAUGAGACUUGCUUAUUUGUUCAAAUUCGGAGGUGUUUAUCUAGACACAGACAUGAUUGUUUUAAAGAGCUUUAAAACUCUAAGGAACGUGAUCGGUGCGCAGACUCUGGAGCCGGUUUCGAGAAACUGGACAAGAUUGAACAAUGCGGUAUUGAUCUUCGACAAGAAUCAUCCAUUCUUGCUCAAAUCCAUUGAAGAAUUUGCGUUGACUUUUAAUGGAAACGUUUGGGGACAUAACGGACCGUAUCUUGUUUCACGAGUGGCUCGAGCCGUGGAAGGAACCGAUGGCUAUAACUUCACCAUCUUGACACCUCCUGCGUUUUAUCCAGUGAAUUGGGUUGAGAUUGAGAAGCUAUUCAAGGUUCCAAGAACAGAGAAAGAUUCAAAGAGAGUUCAAGUCAAGGUUCUUGAAAUGCAGAAGAGAAGCUAUGGAUUGCAUUUGUGGAAUAAGUUUAGCAGAAAAUUCGAAAUUGAACAAGGAAGUGCCAUGGAUAAAUUGGUUUCAAAUCAAUGUAUAAUUUGUGACAGUGUUGUAUCUGUAUCAUGACUUUUCUUUUUUCAUUUUGUAAUUCCAUUGUAGAAUAGCUUGUAAAUUGUAAUUAACAAUGAAACCCUCAGUUUUUUUC